UCAUCCAGCAUUUCCUCAGUGACAGUGAUGUGGGGGAGACGCGAAUGUCUGCCUGUGGUGGCGCUGGUGCUGGUGUUGGCGACGGGGGCAGCCCGAGCCUUCCUCGCCACCCAACUCAACACCACAGACCCUGAUAUUGCUGGUAUUCUGUGUCCAGACCAGGCGACUGAGGUGACCAGAGACCACGAGUGGAUCACCAGAGAGGCCGUCCGACGCAACAUCCGUGACUUCUUCUUGGCCUAUCCACCUGGGGGUCGACCCGACUUCUUGCUGCCGGCCGACGCCACGCUGACCGAGCUCUUCCACACCUACUACGGGGAGACUGCCUCUCCGACUCGCUUCAUCAAGGCUGUCAACUCCAUCGUUGCCGCCAAUGUCCAGGCCGAUUCCUUGCCUCAGUACAGGUUCGACCCGGCCAUCCAUGGUGACGGAGAGAGACUGAGCGAGGUGCAGGCCAAGCUGGUCACAAGGUACCCCCAGAUCCUGACGGCCAUCUUGCGGGACGAGGCUUAUCCUGCCGCCCGUAGCCUCCUCGGGACCUCCCUUCACUCUAUCCAAAAGUUCUAUGCCCACUCCACCUGGAUAGAGCAGGGACACGACACUAUCCUGGAGGCGUUGGGUAUACCUGGUAACGAAAUGGAAGGACUGGCUAACGAUGCAGAGGAUGUGUGUACCUCGUGCUCCUCAGCAGAGGGCUGCUCGGGGAACGUGAUAGCAGGAGCUGGCCUCAGCAGUGGCUACUACGUCUACCCUGAAGAUUCGGCUUCCAGCUACCUCGUGCCCAAACCAGAAACGGGAGGCAAGUGUAGCCACGGCGGGGUGCUGGACGACAGCCGCAGCCAGCCAGCCGUCGGGGGCGUCAAUAAGGACACUUCAUACCCUUGCUUCUCUCCUCACUACCACCUCCACCUCGAAGCCGUCCAACUCGCUCUCCAGGCUACGGACUACUACCUGAAGCAGGUUCUGCAGGCUGUGGGGGCCGACAUGUACCGUCGCCUCUUCGACCUGUACCAAGGCUCGGCGCUCUCUAUAUGUAUCGACACUACAGGAUCAAUGGGCGACGACAUUGCAGCCGUGCAGGAUCAGGUCGCUCAGAUCGUGGCCAACUCUAACCCUGAAAUAUACGUCCUGGCACCUUACAAUGACCCGAGUGUGGGGCCUCUACUGAAGACCGACGACUCUGAGGAGUUCCUGGCCGCCGUCAACGCCCUGACAGCCGGCGGCGGUGGCGACGAGCCUGAGAAGUUCUGGAGCGGCCUCCAGCUGGCGCUGUCGGCGACUCCAGCGUACGGGGACAUCUUCUGCUUCACCGACGCCUCAGCAAAGGACGGAGACCUCAUGGAAAGUCUCAUCUCCCUCGCCCAGCAGCAAAACAACAAGGUGACGGUGAUCCUGAGUGACAUCUACAGGAGGAAGAACACCGGGGAAGACUACGCCCCUGGGGAGCUGGACCGGGAGGAGGAGAGUGACCGCACUAGGGACGUAAACACAGGGGUGGCAGAGUACCAGCGGCUGGCUGAUGAGACCGGCGGACUACUCAUCAGUACCGACAAGUUCAAUGUUGACGAUAUUGUCAACAUCAUCGGCGCCGGCAUCGAGACCGCCUCGGUGACCAUCUUAAACCUGGUGGAAGUGACCGGCACGGAGGAGAAGUUGGUGCCUGUUGACGACUCCAUUGUGGACCUGGAGGUGCGCCUCACUGGCUCCCUAACCUCCGCUAUCUUCACUGACGUUACUGGGAUAUCCUACGACCUGAUGGACAGAGCGUCUCUGGAGGCAACAGGAGUAGUAGAGGUGGUCUCGUACACCACCACCUUCAAGGCGGUACGCUGGCCCACCCCGGUCUACGGCGAAUGGACCAUCUCCACCGUCGGCGCUGACAGCUACUCUGUCACCGUCCUAGCAACCUCCCCGAUCGACUUCCUUGCUGGCUUCUCUGUGCUCGACCCCAACCCUCCACACCCACACUAUCAGCCUAUUGAUGGUCGACCUCUCAUGGAGACGGUCUACUACCUGGACCUGACCCUUGUGGGCUACUUGGAAGGUGACGUCAUCACUCUGGACACCAUCUACUAUGUUGAUAAGGCUGGGGAGGAGCUGCGCGCCAUCCCGUACUCCGGGGAACUCGCUGAUCACCUCUACAUCAGAACUGAGCCGCUCCCUGAAGAGUCCUUCUUCCUCGUCAUCUCCGGCCACGUCUCCACAGGGAAGAGGUACCAGCGGGUGCAGGUGGUGUUGAUAACGCCGGUGUCCACCAGUGUGGAGGUGAGGGCCACCUCCGAGGACCUCUCUGCCAGGCCCGGGGAGUCAACGACAGCAGUCUUCGUCGUCACCAACUACGGCCUCACCUCCUACUUCGACAUCUCCGGCACGGACGACCUGGGCUUCCUCACCACUGUCACUCCUGCCAGGGUACACCUGGCCACCAACGAGUCAGCGGAGGUGGUAGCGAGCUUCACCGUACCGACGAGCGCGCUCUCGGGCUCCGUGAGCACCGUGGUGGUCACUGCGCAGAGUGAGUCCCAGACGCGCUCAGUCAACAGUGCCGUCGCCCACUUCGUCGUUCUUUCCACGGUCGACGACUCUGAGCCUCCCAUCUGCAAGAUGCUGGACUGGUCCAACUGUACCGGCUACACUGACAACGGCAUCUGUUCCCUCAGCUCCUGGACCCUCGACGCCUCCCUCCAGGACAUUGGCUCAGGACUGUACCAAGUGAGGGCCCAACCCACCGGGGAGGUGUUCGAGGUCACCGACCUCACCCCGGGGACGACCAGCGAGGUGCUCACCGUCUACGAGAACAGCUGCUGCUACCCGUACGUCGAGUUGAUCGGCGUCGACGGCCAGGCCAACGUGGGCAAGUGCGUCGUCGACAUGGGACCCCUGGGAGGUAUGAUCUACAACUUCGAGGUGGUGACUGCUGGGGACACCUACAUGAUCCUCCACUGGAACAUCACUCCGUCCCACUACGAGAUCUACGACUACGACCUCCUCGUCGACUCAGAGUUUGUCCAGCAGAUCACAUGUAAGGAGGACUACUGUGUGGCCCUGGUGAGCUACCUGGAGCCGUGCACCGCCCAGACCUUCAACCUCACACCUGUCUUCGACUACAAUGGUGAAAAGCUGCCUGGCAUCCCUGCCUACACCCAGGGAGACACUCUUGACGAUGAAGUGCCCCACACGCCCUUCAAUGCGACGGAGGUGGACCGGACGGAGGUCAGCAUCACCAUCUCCUGGGAGGCCAUCAACCCCAAGUGUAGCCACCUCUUCCAGGUGUGCUACUACGAAGUGGACUCUGGACCAGAGUUCGAGGUGUGCGCCAACACUACGGACACCACCUUCACCCUGGACGGCCUCCUGGAGUGCCGAGCCUACUUCCUGGACGUGUCGGGCUACACCCCCGCAGGCGUCAUCAGCUCCCCGCUGCACUUCUACUCCGUCACCCUCUGCCCUGACGAGGCUUCCCGCCGGCAGCGCCACUAGGAGGGUCACCACCACCAGCAGGUCCACCACCACCACCAGCAUGUCCACCACGACCAGCAGGGCCAUUACCACCAGCAGGGCCAUUACCACCAGCAGGGCCAUUACCACCAGCAGGGCCACCACUAGCCCGUCUCCGCAGAGAUUACCCUGCUGACGGCGUCCUGCUCUCACGCGAGGCUAUGGAGGCAUCUCUGUCACACUUUUCUGGAUAACACAGGGUGAACUAUACAAGUUCAGCUUUAAAAAUCAACAUAAUAUGGAUUAGUUAGCAUUACGCAUACAAAACUGUAUAUCCUGUCAAGAACAUAACUGAGGAUGUACCUAUUUCGAAAACAACUUUGCCUGGAAAUUUUUCUUACACCAUCAACAAAACAUCAACGAAAUAAAGUGAAGCUGCAGGAUUGUAUUAAGUAUAUAAGUAGUAUUAGAUUGUAUAAGAAGUAAAUAAAACCAGAGCAUAUUGGUCACGUCUUAUUAUUGUGAAUGUUAAACGCAAUUAGUUCCACAUUACAAAUCAAAAAUGUAGGUUCCCAGAUUCACCGUAAUUCAAUUUCUUCCUUUAUUAUGCACCCCCUUACCCAUCUCGUGGGCGGCGGUGGAAAGGGUUUCAGGAACUGGACCCCAUAGUUCGUUCAGCUAAGCAAGUGACAAUGUUUUGAAGCUAGUUACACACUUGUUAAUGUUACAUACGCAUGAACAUUAUAUAUAUAUAUAUAUAUAUAUAUAUAUAUAUAUAUAUAUAUAUAUAUAUAUAUAUAUAUAUACAUAUCAACAAUUUUUUUUAUAUCACAAGUGAUUCAGUUAAUCCGUCGUAUGAGUAAAUAUGCUCAGUAAAUAUCGCAUAAAUAUAACAUUUUAGGAUUCAUCUCAAGGUGUGCAGCUAAUCUGAUCCAAAUGAGUUGAUAUUUGUAUAUGCUGGCAUGUGUAACAAAAAAUAAAAACCUGCUAUUAAAUGUAAAAAUAAAAUUUGUUAACAACUAA